GGACGCCCUCACGCCUCACGGCCACCAAGCACCGCCCGCCCCGAUGGCCACCAACCCGCCGCAGCUGUUCCUGCUCGCCGACCACGUCAAGCUGUCGCUGCUGGAGCGCCAGCGCGCCGUGUCGCUGGGCCUGCCCGCCCACGCCCAGGACAGCCAGACCGCGCGGUCGCUGGAGCAGCUGCGCUCCGGCAUCGACGCCCUGGAGUCGCAGGUCGCCGACACGGCCGACGAAUCCAUCACCUCGCAGCUGCCGCGCCUGCGCACCCAGCUCGCCGAGCUCUCCGCCCAGUUCGCGUCCGCCGCGUCCGCCUCCACUGCUGCGCCCGCGCUCGCCCAGCCCAACGACCCCGCCCUCUCCGACGACUUCGCCGCCGCCGCCGCCCGCCCGCGCCAUGCCGCGAAGAGCGUGCGCUUCCGCGACAGCGACGACCCCAGCGCCGACGCCGACCGCUCGGCCCUCUUCAACCAGCCCUACCGGGACGACCCGUCCCACGACCCGGACGCCGCCCCCGACCACUCGCACCUCGACAACCAGCAGAUCCACGAGUAUCACAGCCAGGUCCUGCGCGACCAGGACGACCAGCUCGACACCCUGAGCGCCUCCAUCGGCCGCCAGCGCGAGCUGAGCAUGCAGAUCGGCGACGAGCUCGACGGCCAGGUCAUGCUGCUGGACGAGGUCGAGGAGGGCGUCGACCGCCACGACGCCCAGUUUCGCCGGGCGAGGGGGCGGCUGGACCGCUUCAGCCGAAAGGCGCGUGAGAACUGGAGCCUGACCGUCAUCAUCGCCCUGAUCGUCAUCCUGGUGCUGGUCAUCAUCAUCACGAAAUGAGAGCGUGGCCAGUGGGCGUUGGAUUGGAAUAUACGGUGUUACGGCGCGGUUUGGUUUCGCAGGUUUAAUGGCAGCUAGAAACUCGUUCUUGGCGCGAGAUCAGAACGGGCUAUUCAGCACAGCCGAGUACAAUCACAAGAUGAUACAAACAAACUACUGCUGCUCUCCCAAGCAUACGUUCAGUGCCAAAUCUUGUUGCCACUGCUAGGAUACACUACAUGCUACAGAUCAGCCGUCUCAGCCACACAGUG